UGCUCUCUCCAUCUCUCCCGUUUCCCUCCUCCUCCUCCUCCCCCCUUUAGAUUUCCAGCUGCAAAACCUGACGGCCUGUUUUUUUUGUUUUUGUUUUUUUUAAAGAUAAUUUCUCCUCUUCACCCCCUUUGCCCCUUUCUGUCACCCCAUUUGGGGCUCCCUUCACUUUCAUUAUUUUUUUAUUUUUUUCCUUCCAGUGUUUUCCUCUUAUAAUUUCUACUUCAUUGCUGCUUGUAUUUGUGUGCAUCUUCAUUGUACUCUCUUGCUCCUUGACACACUCAUCUCUCUUAUCUCCAUCUCAGGCAUUUUCAUAAUUGCAACCUGUCUUUUCCAUGCAAAUACACUGUAGAUAUAGUUAUAAAUGCACUAAAUUAAUAUAAAUACCACUCAUUACACCCAAUACCAUUUUUGCAUCUCUGUCUCCCUCAGUCCAUUCUUUUCUCUGUCAUCUCCCACUCUCCCUCUCACCCCUGCAGUGCAAUCUUCCUUUUCCUCAAUGUGAUUAGAUUCUAUUCCUUCUCCUGGUGUUUUUUCUCCGGGGGAUUUUCGAUGUUCAGAUUCACGUCUUAGCAGUGGAAUGAUGUUCUAUGCUCCCUUCAGAGAGCUGUUAAUCCAGUUACAGAUUUUCUACAUUUGCCCAUUAACAUGCACAACACAGAUGCUCGAGGACCUCCCAUGCAUCGUAUGCCCUAUGUCACCUCUCCAUACGACCGUCCAGCCUGGAACCCAAGAUACUGUGUCCUCUCUGGAAAUCAGCUUCUUAUGCUUGAUGAGGAGGAGGUUAACCCGCUGUUGAUACGUGAGAGGAGGACUGAUCCAACCAGAACAAAGUUCCUAAGGCGCACAGUCAGUGUCCCCGUGGAGGGGAAGCAGCCUGACGAACAAGAUUAUCACCUUGCACGUUCCCGGAGGAAAAGCGUCCCAGGGGGGAAACAGCCCAGUAUGGACGCCCCUCCCACCGCACCCUUUCGACCGUCGCAGGGAUUCCUGAGCCGUCGUUUGAAGAGCUCUAUAAAGAGGACAAAGAGUCAGCCCAAAUUAGACAGGACCAGCAGCUUUCGGCAAAUCUUGCCCAGGUUUCGAAGCGCUGAUCAUGAUAGGGCACGUCUCAUGCAGGCCUUUAAGGAGUCACACUCUCACGAGUCCUUGCUUAGUCCUAGCAGUGCUGCAGAGGCUUUGGAUCUGAAUUUGGAUGAGGAUUCUGUGGUGAAGCCUGUACACAGCAGCAUUUUGGGACAGGAGUUCUGCUUUGAGGUGACCACAUCAUCAGGUACCAAAUGUUUUGCCUGUCGUUCUGCCGCUGAAAGAGACAAAUGGAUUGAGAAUCUUCAAAGAGCUGUAAAGCCUAAUAAGGAUAACAGUCGGCGGGUAGAUAAUGUCUUAAAGUUGUGGAUUAUUGAAGGCCGUGAUCUUCCCCCCAAGAAGCGUUAUUAUUGUGAGCUCUGUUUGGAUGAUAUUUUGUAUGCCCGUACCACCAGUAAGCCUCGGGGUGAGACUGUCUUUUGGGGGGAACACUUUGAAUUUAACAACCUUCCAGCUGUUCGGAACCUGCGCUUGCACCUCUACAAAGACACAGACAAGAAAAGGCGCAAGGAAAAGAGUAACUAUGUGGGCAUGGUGAACGUGCCUAUUGCCAGCAUCAGUGGGCGCCACUUUGUGGAACAGUGGUACCCAGUUUCUCAGCCCACAUCCUACAAAGGGAAGAGCAGCUGUCCCUCCAUUCGCCUAAAAUCCCGAUACCAAACCAUGAGCAUCCUCCCCAUGGAGCUGUACAAGGAGUUUGCAGAGUAUGUCACCAACAACUACCGAAUGCUGUGCGCUGUACUGGAGCCUGUGCUAAGUGUGAAGAGCAAAGAGGAGGUUGCAUGUGCUUUAGUGCAUAUACUGCAAAGCACAGGCAAGGCUAAGGACUUCCUUUCAGACAUGGCUAUGACAGAGGUUGAUCGGUUCCUUGACAGAGAGCACCUUAUUCUCCGUGAGAACACACUUGCAACUAAAGCCAUAGAGGAGUAUCUGAAACUGAUAGGACAGAGAUACCUCAAGGAUUCCAUUGGUGAGUUUAUCCGGGCACUGUAUGAGUCUGAGGAGGACUGUGAGGUUGAUCCCAUGCGUUGUCCACCCUCUGCAUUGCCCGAUCACCAGGCCAAUCUCAGGAUGUGCUGUGAACUCGCCCUUUGCAAAGUCUUUAACUCUCAUAGUGUGUUUCCUAGGGAGUUGAAGGAAGUCUUUGCCUCUUGGAGGAUGCGCUGUGCAGAGCGCGGCCGGGAAGAUAUAGCAGAUCGACUCAUCAGUGCCUCUCUUUUCCUCCGAUUCAUGUGUCCUGCAAUUAUGUCCCCUAGUCUCUUCAGCCUAAUGCAGGAGUACCCCGAUGAUCAAACAUCUAGGACCCUCACGCUCAUCGCUAAAGUCAUCCAGAACCUAGCCAACUUUAACUACAAGUUCAGCAGUAAAGAAGAAUAUAUGACCUUUAUGAAUGAGUUCCUAGAGACGGAGUUGGCGACUAUGCAGAAUUUCCUGUAUGAGAUCUCAAACCUGGAUUCGCUCACCAACAGCGGUAACUUUGAAGGCUACAUUGACCUUGGGCGGGAGCUGAGCACACUUCAUGCCCUGCUUUGGGAGGUGAUCCCCCAGCUUAGUAAGGAUGCACUUAUAAAGUUGGGACCCCUUCCACGCCUCCUUAAUGACAUCAGCCUAGCUCUCAGGAACCCCCAUAUCCAGCGACAACCAAGCCACCAAGAACGACUGCCACCCCCAAAACCUGUCAUUCUGAGGGGUCCUUCAGCUGAGCUGCAGAGCUACUUGGUGCGAGACCUCAACAGCUCUAUUGACAUGACUCGCCUACCCUCACCAACUAAGGAUAAACCAUCAAAAGAUAUGUUUUUUGUAUCACGUCGCCCUCUUACUCGCUCCUCGCCAGCCUACUGCACCAGCAGCUCAGACAUCACAGAACCAGAUCAGAAGAUGCUGAGCGUGAACAAGAGUGUGUCCAUGAUGGACUUGCAGGAUAGCCGAAUGAAUAGCGUAACCAACUUGCAGGCUGUAGGUGACCUGCUGAACUCCAGCCAGGCCUCCAUAUCAGGGGGCUUACGUCCGGGGGGCCGGCUCUCCCAGGGCAGUGGAUCCAGCAUUGCAGCGGGUCUGAGGCUCAGUCAAAUGGGGGUCACCACUGAUGGGCUCUCGGCUCAACAGCUACGCAUUCCGUUGUCCUUCCAGAACCCACUCUUCCACAUGGCUCCUGAUGGGCCUGGUGGGCCCCCAUCUCAUCCUGCUCCUCACCGACCAGACCCUGGAGCUGAUACCUUUGCUCCUUUCCAUGGUUAUAGCAAGAGUGAGGACUUGAGCUCCGGGAAGCACAUGCUUCACAGUCACAGCUACAGCGACGAAUUCAACCGGCAGGGGUCAGAGUUAAGUAAAAGGCAGUUAUCCCUCCAGGACAAUCUUCAGCAGAUGCUGUCACCCCCUCAAAUAACCAUUGGGCCUGGAGUGCCACGAAGGCAAGACUCACAGCCUCCCCCUUUGCAGAGGGGAAAAUCCCAACAACUGACAGUGCAGGCAGCCCAUAAACCUCGGCCAAGCAGUGGCAACCUCCUACAGAGUCCAGAACCAAUGUACGGGGCUGCAAGAACUAGGCAACAGUCAGUUGAAAAGGAUGCAGGUGGCUUGAAACCCUCAAUAACAAAGCAGCACUCCCAUGCACAGGCCACUUUGAACCCUGUCACCCCAGCCUCAGAACGCACAGUUGCCUGGGUAUCCAACAUGCCCCACCUUUCAGCUGAUAUUGAGAGCGCACACAUAGAACGGGAGGAGUAUAAGUUGAAGGAAUACUCUAAAUCAAUGGAUGAGAGCCGUCUUGAAAGGGUAAAAGAGUAUGAGGAAGAGAUUUACUCUUUGAAAGAGAGGCUGUUGAUGUCAAACCGGAAGCUGGAGGAAUAUGAGAGGCGUCUUCUUACACAGGAAGAACAAACUAAUAAGGUGCUGCAUCAAUAUCAGUCACGUCUGGAACAGAGUGAAAAACGUUUGCGACAGCAGCAGGUUGAGAAGGACUCGCAGAUAAAGAGCAUCUUAAACAGGUUAGAAAUGGUUGAUGGUGGUGGAGGAGGAGAUCAGGAAGGAUCACUCGCAAGAACCCAUCGAUAUGAAGAGGAGACUUAUCGAGGCUCAGAGAAGAAGUUUCCCUCCGUGGGUACAGCAGACCUGCGUCUGAGGCUGGCGACUCCAUGGAAUGGGGCCCUCCCGCCUCUGCCUCCUCGACUCCAAAUCACAGAAAAUGGAGACUUUCUAAACUCAAGUGACCAUCACUAACUGGAGCUGAGGGGUCCAUCCAGGAGCCUGUGAGUGGGAGAAGGGAAGACUGGCAUUCCCCCACUGAGGCGUCUGUCCAAGAGCCUGAGGGGGAGGGGGCUGGGAACCCCUUCCCCCUGACUCUGACCCCCUCCCUCUGUGCC